GAGUCACCAUGGCGAUAGCCGUGCGGGGUGGUGCGAGGGUCCUGCGCAGGGAACACGGAGGAGGCGUGAAGGGAACAUGGGGAGGAUACGGAGGGGACGGGGACCGACCCCCGUGGAACCCGUGGUGGGAAGGGGACACCGUUACCGACCCCAGAGAGGACACCAGCGCGGACCCGGGGGAGGUCUUGGGCUCCCCAGAGCCCGGAGAUGUCCAAAGAGGACCCCCGGGAUAGACCUAGAUCUAGGGAUAGACCCUCCGGAGCCCUCGGGAGUCCUGCCACUCCCUCCCCGCCCCACACUCUGGGGCAGCUUCCCUGAGGGGACGAGGCCGGGGAGGUUGGGGGUUGCUGAGCUGCCCCACGUUCCCCCCGAGGCCCCUCGUACCCCCUUCCUGCGGAGGUGGAGCUGUGAGGCAGGAAGGGCCCUGGGGAGCAGCCGUGUUGUAUUUUAAAGAGUUUUGGGGUUUUGGUUCCCCACACCCGCAGCCCGCAGCACCUCUAUAAAAGGUGUCAGGACGCAGUCAUCCACUGUCAGUCACUGUCAGUCACUGUCAGUCACCUGCUGUCACCGGCUCAGUGGGCUCACCAUGGCUGCCACCUUCCUGCUGCUGGUGCUGCUUCUGGGAGCAGCACAGGCUGCAGCCCCCCCACCCUGCCAGGGUGACCCAAUGUCCUGGUGCUGGGAUGUGGCCAUGGCCACACACUGUGGCUGGGAGCAGCAAUGCCAGGACGUCUGGGACAGCCUGGCCCUGGGGAAUGUGGCUGAUGGGGACAGCGUGGCGCCGGUCAGGGGGUUUAAGUGCAGCCAGUGUACCAAGGUCCUGAAGAAGAUAAAGGCGCUGGCGGGUGACGACCCCGAUGAGGACGCGGUGGCAGCAGCGCUGCAGAAGGGCUGCCGGCUGCUGGGCAGGUCCAUGGGCAGGCGGUGCCAGAAGUUUGUGAAGAAGUACAAGGACCAGAUCACCGAGGGGCUGCAGAACGGAGACAUGCCCCAGGACAUCUGUGCUGCUGUAGGCUUCUGCCGGUCCUGAGCACAGUCAGUGCCCAGCUGUAUCCUGAUCCUACAUCCUGUGGGCUGAUCUUGCACUCUGCAUCCUGUGUCCUGUGCCCUGCAUCCUGCAUCCCGAUCCCAUACCCCGUAUCCUGCACCCCACAUCCCAAUCCUACAUCCUGCAUCCUGCACCAUGUCCUGCACCCUGCAUGACAAUCCCACACCCCCUGUCCUGCACUGUCCUGUGCCCUAUAACCUGAUCCUGCACCCAUAUCCUGAUCCUGCACCAAAUGUCCUGCACCUGAUGUCCCAAUCCUGCACUGUAUCCAGAACCCUCCAUCCUGCACCCCACAUUCUGAUCCUGAAUCCUGCAUCCUUAUUCUGAACCCUAUGUCCUGCACAUUGCAUCCUGAUCCCAUAUCCCUUCUCUGCAUCCCACACUUUGCACCCCACACCUGCCAGAGGGGUGGGAGUGUGCUUGGGAUUUCUGAACUGUCCCUGUUUAGCUCUGUAGGGUGGGGGUGAGCCAGGUCACCCCAAAGUGUGUUGUGGAGCAGGGGGAAGGCUAAAGAAGCUGCUUCUGCUGGCGCCUGACUCACCCCCCACUCUUUGCUUUCUCCACAGGCACAGCCCUGAGUGCCCCCCAAACCCCUACACCCCACAGCCCCAAUGUCCCUGCAGCCCAGCCAUCCCCCUCCCCCACAAUAAAGUCCCUCUUCUGGCUC